GCCCCUCUUGACCCCGCCAAACAAUAGCGCGAUUUCGAAGAAGGGGAAAAAUAGAAAAAGAAAAAGAUUGAUAUGAUAGGAUUUCAAAAAGAUUACCUAAAGUAAUGUCAUGUAACUAAUGUAAUAUAAUAUACCUACUUUGUAAUUUGACAGCAUCGUCUACGAACUAGUGACAUUAAAAAAACAUAACAAACUCAAACCAACAUCAAACCAAUCUCACUUAUUAUAAUUAUUAAUCUCGUCCCUAGAACACUAAUAUUACUUUUACUUACUUACCUAGGUAACGCCCAUCAUGUCGAAAGUCUUCGUCGUUACCGGCGCAAGCCGAGGUCUCGGCUUAGCUGUGACCCAAGCCUUGAUCCAGGCUUCGCACAAAGUCUUCUUGGUUGCUAGAACCGAGAAGGACUUGCAGGCAUUGAAAGCUCAACACCCAUCGUCUGUCGAUUUUGCUGCUGCAGAUCUAGCCGACCUCAAGGUUGCACCCAAAAUCGUCGAAGGGGCAUUGAAAGCGUUCGGCAAGAUUGACGGUAUCGUAGUCAAUCACGGCGUUUUGUCUCCUAUCACUAAAAUAUUCGAAUCAAAUGCCGAGGAGUGGAGAAAUGCAUAUGAUAUUAACGUAUUCAGUGCAGUAGCACUGAUUAAGGAAGCUAUUCCCGAACUUCGCAAAUCACAGGGUCGGGUCAUCUUUGUUUCCUCCGGGGCCGCAUUCGGCGCAUACGCAGGAUGGGGCUGCUAUGGUACCUCUAAAGCAGCUUUGACUCACCUCUCUGCGCAUCUGGCCGUCGAGGAACCUUCCAUUACUAGCAUUGCCAUUUCACCCGGGAGGGUUGAUACUGAUAUGCAGAAAGAAAUAAGGGAUAAAGGCAAAGCUGGAAUGUCAUCCGAUGUCUAUCAGAGCUUCGUCGACGACCACGAGGGCGGACGGCUAGUAGAUCCUAAAAAGCCAGGUACUGUCAUAGCCAAGCUCGUUGACAGCGCGCCCAAAGACUUGAAUGGCAAACAUUUUCGCUGGAACGCGACCGAACUCGCUGGUUUCCAAGAGUCCUAGUGCAAGGAGUAAUCGCGGAAUGGACAUCCAAGACUACCUAUGAUAGGUACGCAAUGAGUCAGCGAGGACAGGACAAGACAAUUUCGCUGUGAUAGUGAAAAUAUAAAAGAGAUAGCUUCAGUCGAAAGAUGAAAAGACUUGGUUGUUUCGACAUUAUGAUUCAGGUGUCAGGUGCACGUUAAAUCAUCAUGAGCAAUCGAACUUGGAUUCAG